UAUAUAUAUGAAAUAAGAUAUUUUUAAUAAUGGAUGUCGAUCUUUUGAGGCCAGGAACUGUUCCUAUAUCGCCUGAUACAAUAUUAUGGUUUGAAUUUCUUUUAAAUCCUUCUUUAUUGGAAAAACACAUCUCAAAACCUUCACCUGAUCCUUCGCCAACAGAUUUAAUUAUCAAAUUUAUGACAAUAAAUAAUGAUCACAAAGAUCCGGAAAUAAAAAUAAUUGACGGUGAAUCAAUUGAUGCAAUAUCAAAUUUAACACCAAAUUGGACACACAAAAAUCUUGCACUAAAAAUUUUGUCACUAAAAGUGGCCGCUUAUUUACAAUGGGAUUUAGAUAUAAUCGAAAAAAAAUUACCAUUGCCCCUUCAAAUGAAUUUAUUGCAGGAUUUAUUUUUUAUUACAUCAGAGGCAAUUGUGGAAAUUCCUGGAAUACCUGAUUAUCCAUUGACAACAAUUUCAGAUCAACUUUUAUUUUCAAUUGUCCUUUAUCAUAGAUGGCAUUUAAGGGCAAUUAUUUUUCGUGCAUUAAAUAAUAGACAAUCGAAACAACAAUUUCUUCACAAUUUAGGAAUGCAAGAUUCGACGUUUAUUUCUCCUGGUUUAACUGAUGAUAUUGUGAGAAAAUUGGAGGGAAAUAUUUCAAUUACAUUGAAUACAUUAAAUGCUGUUCUUCAAUUAGAUGAUUUAAAGCCAAAGGUUUUAUCUGUAAAUACUUUUCAAAUGUUGACGGAAGACAGUACGGAAAUAAAACAAAAUUGGAAUAAUAUGAUUAGUAUAACUGCAGAAGAAUUUAAAUGUCAGAUACAUUACGAUCUCGCAAUUUUUUAUCUACUCAGAGAAGAAUAUCAAAGUGCCAAACAUCAUAUUUCUCAAGCGCAUAAUUUCUUUCAAAUUUUAGGCAAUUCGGAAAAUUUAUUUUAUUGUAAAGUAAAAAAAGAUUGGCUAGAAGGAUGUUGUCUUGCUUGUCAUGUUCCUGUUGAAACUAUUAAACCGAGUCUCACUCAACAAUUGCUUUCUUCUGUUAAAGAUCAAUUUAUGAAUAUCAUACAAAUUCUUCAGACUGACAAUAUUGUACGAGAAAUUCCUGAAGUUUACAGAGAUAAUUUAGAAUUGGAUAUUCAGGGUGGAUUGACAAAUAGAAAAAUGAUCGUAGCUCGCGAUUUGCCAUUGCAAAUUCAAUGUCUCAAUCUUGUUCGUAAAAUAUUAGAAAAUGAAGUUAUUGUCGGUGAUUAUGUGUCGGAUAUUAGAGCUGCUGGAGUACGAGGACUUGAAGUAUUUUUCUCCGCUGUAGAUAAUGUUUUGGAUUGUGUCUCUGAAAGUGAUAAAAAACGAAUUGCCCAGUAUCUUUUGUAUCUUAAUUUGACGGGUGAGAUUGAAGGACUUGCGAAUAAAAUUCUUCACAGUCCAAAAUAUGUGAAUUUAUUCAAUGAUAAAGAACUCGAUGAAAUAAAGAAGGAGGCCUCUUUUAAUGAUCUUGAAAUUCCAACAAUGUUAUUGACCAAUGACUGGGGCGUUCCUUGCAACACUUAUACAAGAACUAUGAGAGUAGAAAUUUUUGAUCUUGAGCAACGUCUCAUUUUAUCCUAUAAUCCAAUAGAAAUUCACGAGACUUUAAUUAGACUCGAUGGUACAAAUUGUACGAAACCAUUGUGGAAAAUUAAUGGUUCAUGGGAAUUACCAAUUCCUUUGCAAAGUGUCGUUAUGUCAUUGCCACGAGGAUUUCUUCAAGAUUAUUCAUAUAUUUUAUUAGCCAAAAGUCGUGAAUUGGCAUUGGGAAAAGAUUUUGAGAGAUCAAAAGAAUUAUUGACAGUUUUAUCAGCUGAAGUACAACAUCACACGGGAAAUUUAACAUUUAAACUUUGUCGAUUAAUUAGUUGGGAAAUUUUACUCGUUGAAAUUUGGCACUGUUUACAUAGUUGGCCGGGCACUAAUAUUUGUGAUGUUCAUGCUUUAGUGGAGAGAGCAAAAUUAUGUUUGGCAGCAUUACAGUCAACCGAUAAAGUACUUCCUCGACAAGAAGUGAUAGAAUUUUCAACUAUUUUCCUAUUAAAUAUGACUGAAUGGGAUUAUUUAACGACACUAGAAAAAAGAUGGAGUUACACUGAAUUUGCAGCGGCUAUUAGUUCUGUUUGUCAAGAUGUUGUCAAGUAUAAAGGUGGCAGAAAAUUCUCCCGAGAAGCAUGGGAUAUGGUUUUAGCAGCUUUUGCGCCAAAUAGAGAUCCACCACAAAAACGAAGUGCAGGAAGUUCUGGUGGUUCGGGAAAUUCUUCGCGCGAUUCAAUGGCCGGAAUAUCGGCAACUUUAAGUAGACUUCGUGAACCAACUGCUCUCUCGGUGAUGAUUUCAUUGCUCGCUCGUCUUCACAAUGUUUUGCGCGAUGAAUCGAGCUUGGAGCUCAAUACACAAUAUUUGGCUCUUUGGCCAGCUAGCGUUCCAAAUUCAAAUUCUUAUAAUAUUAGGAACAUCGGAGAAAUUCUUUUCCAAUUACUUACACAAGCUCUCAAACUCUAUCCCAGUAAUGUUUCAUGGUUAAAAUCAAUGGGCGAUCUCAAUUUUGUUUUAGGAUUUCAUGAGAGUGCCAUGAAAUAUUAUUUAAAGGCAAUAAUGGUCUCGAGUGAUUUAUUCUCACAACCAGUGCCACGAGCACAAAUUGAAGAUUUUGUUUAUAGAAGAAUGAUUAAAUGUUGCGCUCAUUUACAAUGUUAUACACAAGCGGCUGUUCUUUGUCAAUUUUUGGAGGAUGUUGAUUAUGCUCUUGCUUUUAAAAUGGCAGCUAGUGAUCAAAAAAGUUGUGCUCCCGCCGAUGCAAUGGACGCCUAUUAUCAUUGCAUUUGGGACACGACAAUUCUUGAAUAUCUUAUUUAUUUGCAUACCAAGCGAGGUGAACAUCAUCGAAAGCAAUUAGCUAUUAAAGUAAUUGGUUUACUGGAACUUAAUUCAAAUAAUAAUGAAGAAAUUCAAAGGGAAGCGGCAAAUACACGAAAGGCUAAAUUUUUAAGAGCUCUCUCCAAACAAUACGUUUAUUGAUUUAGAUGAAGACAAAAGAAAAAAAUGUUUACUACUAUAUGAAAUUGUAAAAAAAAAGAGUAAGUAAGUCUGUAUAGUAUUUAAUAGGAAUUUAUUAUUUUUUAAAAUUACACAUAAUGUAAAGAA